AUGGGUUCCGAUAAUUCUGAUUGGUCCCCCCAGACCGUGCUAUCCACCCUCCCCCACCCACCAGAGGAGAACUCCGAAUCGCCGGUCGCGUUCUUCCACCUCAUCGAGCGCCUGAAGACAACCAAGCGCGAAGGAUGGCGCCGUUUUGGAAUCAACGGCGAGUCGAUCUCAGACCACAUGUAUCGCAUGUCGAUCAUGACCAUGCUUGCCCCGCCUGAGCUGGCUUCUAAAAUCAACAUUCCCCACUGCACCAAGAUGGCUCUUAUCCACGACAUGGCUGAGUCGCUGGUUGGUGAUAUUACUCCUGUCGACCUUCACAUUACCAAAGCCGAGAAGGCACGUCGCGAAGCGUCCGUCAUGGACUACAUUGUCACUACUCUGCUUGGAAAUGUUCCGGGUGGCGCGCUCUCCGGACAGCAAAUUAAGGAUGUUUUCCAAGAAUAUGAAGACAAUGUGACCUUGGAGGCGAAGUUCGUGCACGAUAUCGACAAGAUGGAGCUGCUGCUCCAGAUGGUGGAAUACGAGCGUUCGAACAAGGUCGAUCUCUCGGAAUUUGAGCACGUCGCAAGCAAGGUUCAGCUUCCUGAGAUCCAGGCUUGGGCGAAACAGGUUGUCGCUGAGCGUCCCAAAUACAACAAGAGCGAUGCAUAG